AUGUUGUCUCUUAGAAGCAUAUCCCGAGCUCUUCCUCGAUCUCUACCCAGGUUAGGCGCAUCAAGCCAGCCGAGAUUCCUUUCUACCGUCCACCGUACCUCGUUACUCCAGCAGACAUGCAAAGCAGCUUCCAUACCCAGAUAUGCCGCGUUCUCGACUUCAAGAGCGGCGCGAGAGAAGGAGGGUCAGGUGGACCAAGAGCUUUCAGCAAAGAUCGAGUCCGAGCUGCAAAUGGAGAAGGAGAUGAGAGAUUCUGAAAAGCUACCAUCAAGUCUCCAGGACUAUCUCGACAGCAGCUCCUUUGAACUUCACGACACCCCAGGCCAAGAAGAAGUCGUCCUGACCCGCAAAUUUGGCGACGAAUCCCUCCGCGUAUCCUUCUCCAUCGCCGACUUGAACGCCAUGGACCAAGACCCCGACGAUUACCGCCGAGACCCCAACGACCCCAGCCAAGACCCAGCCCUCUACGACGAAGACGACGGCUCGAUCCCUGUCGAAUCCGCUCAAUCCGGUGGCGCCAACACCAAAGGCGCCAUAAACGCCGGCCGCACAAAGGGCGGCAACUUCAACAUCGCACCCGAAGACCGGGUCGCCCCUGGCGACCGCGAGGACCUCGCCGACGACGAGUCCGCGCCUCCCAACGAGGAAGAUGAACCUACCUUCCCGGUCAGGGUAAAUGUCAUGAUUGAGAAGGUGGGCCACGGGACGUUGCAGAUGGAGACGACGGCGCAGGAUGGCGAGAUCGUGAUUGACAAUGUUUACUACUUCAAGGAUGCCGAGUUGGCGGACGCGAAGACGGCGGAGCUGGAUUGGAAGAGGAGGAAUCUGUACGAGGGCCCGCCGUUUGGCAACCUGGAUGAGGAUCUGCAGGUCUUGUUGGAGAGGUAUCUGGACGAGAGGGGGGUAAAUACUGCGCUGGCGUUGUGGGUGCCCGAGUACAUUGACUUCAAGGAGCAGAGGGAGUACCUCAAUUGGCUGUCAAGCGUGAAAUCAUUCGUGGAUGCAUAG